AUGCCGCCUUCUUCAGCAAUCAGUCCGUCUUUCCGCGCGACGCCCUCGUUCAAUCUCCGAGCCCCGGUCUUUUCCAACAUUGAGAAUUCCACCAGUCUCAAUGAGCAGCCCACGAGCCCGGACGUCGCCGAUGAUGCCUCUCAGGGAUCUGGGAAGCGGAGGAGACUUACCACGAGUGAUUUUACCAGGAGGAAACGUGCUGUUACGGCUUGUCAGUUUUGUCGGAUGCGCAAGACAAAGUGUGAUAAUGUUCGUCCAAAGUGUGGGUACUGUGUACGGCAGAGAGCCAAGUGUGUUUAUGGAGAUACGGAUGAGACUGAGGCUGAUGGGGAAGAUGUUGCGGUUUCUAAUCGCCAGUUGAUGGAGCAACUGGUGGAAAUCAAGGAGAUGCUUCAGAGGAAUGGAGGCCAUGGACACUCAGAUACUGACCCUUCGUUGGCGACUGCGACCUCACCUCAAGCACAUGCGGCAACAAGUCCUUGGGCAAGAUUCUCUGCCAACACACCACGACCGAACGAGACCAAAGCCCCAGGAUUCCCAUUCGAGGCUCUUCGGUGCGAAUCUCUCCUACGAUGGCCAGCCCUUAGGAGCGUCGUACCAAGUGAUGCCCAGGAAAUCGACUCUUUUCCCCUCAGCUCGGGAUACACGGAAAGCACUCUUCAAAACGGAGGUGGAGGUCAAGGCAUAAAUGAAUCGGCGUUUGUUCCCUUGUGUCGCAAGUUUCUUUCUCAGGUUCAUCCGAGGAACCCUGUGCUUGAUGGACACGAGCUCAUGAGGCAUGCUCGCUCCGCCGAGGAAGAUGGACUGAAAUGGGACUCUUCGUCGUGUCUUGUGCUUCUGGCGUGUGCAUUGGCUUCAUACACAGAUAUGUGGAGGAGACCAAACGAAUAUCCAAUCCCUCCAACCCCAGAACAACUCGGCAGCUUUGCCGACUCUCAAGAAAGAGCAAAAGCAGAGCCUUACUACGCUGCGGCACAGAAGAGAAUGGGUCUCCUCGGUAAUAACAUACAGGACAUCCAGUGCUAUUUCUUUGCUACCAUCUUUGAGAAGUUUGCUCUUCGCCCACUAAGAGCCUGGUGUUACAUCCAACAGGCUUGCUCCCGCUUAGAAACCCGAUUGCUACAACGUGGUGAACGGCCGUGGACGGCCUUUAGGGAUACCAGCCCCGAGGACUAUCAUCUCGAGCAGAGGCUCUUCUGGUCUUGCUUUCGGGCUGAAAGCGAACUGGUUUUCGAGUUAGGACUACGUCCAAGUUCCCUAGAGAACUUUUCAUACCCACAGCCUUUCCCGACACCACCGGACGGCCUUUUGUCUGAUUUCAGUCCCGCCACGGACGGAUCGUCAGUUGGUCCAGACGAAGAGCAACGACAAGUUGAUGAGAGAGGCUGGUGUUACUACUUAUCAGAGAUAUCGAUCCGACGUACUGUUGACGAGACUCUUAAUCUCUUGUACAGACACGGCGAGGGCUAUUGGAUGAAGAAUCCUGCUCACUUGACUCGUCAAUACCACGAGUGCGAGCAGCAGAUAACUCUGUGGAAAUAUCAUCUCCCCUCUGUCGUCCAGUUCGACGACGACGUACUCGCAGAUGAAGAAUUCUCCGCAGCCCUCCAAGGCCGCGCAUCUCUCUGGCGAGAAUACACCCUCCGCCCAAUCCUCUACUACGUCCUCCACCACAACCCCGAAGAGCCCAUCCACCCCGAAGCCGAAGCCCUAGCCGCAAAAGAAAUCCAAAUCUGCGCCACCAUGGUGCACCGCAUGGCCUUUCAUCGACGACACGGCGGGACCUGGCUCAUAGCUCGCAAGUCCUUCAUGGCCGCCUGCGUUGUUAUUGCUGCUGCGGCGAAUUCGCAUAGGGUCUCUCCUCCUGAGGAGUGGCAUACCCUUGUUGGGACUGCGAUUCAGUCGCUUGAGCGGUGGGCGGAGGAGGCGUCUGAUCUACAACGGAUGGCGGACAUUUUGGUUUGCAUGUAUCGGGAAACGUGCAGUCAAAGAGGCGAGCUUGAUAUGAUGACUUUGGAGUAA